ACUUUCUCCUCCCUGCCUCUCUCUCUCUCUCUCUCUCUCUCUCUAUCUAAUAACACCUAAAAUUCACUAUAAAAAAACCAAAGAGCUUUCAAUUUCAUAAUUCAUAGUGUUUUGUGGGUUUUUUGAGAGCUAAAUAAAAUGAAUCAGAAUUCACCCACAUCGUUCUCAAUAUCAAUCCAUCAUUCCCAACAACAAGCAGCGGCGUUAGCUCCUUUAAAAAAAGAUAGCUCUUCGUCUUCUUCUGUAGCUGGUUUCUUUGGUAAAAAUGGGUACAAAUUCUGGGUUUUGACUGCAAUCAUCUUACUUGCUUUUUGGUCCAUGUUUACUGGUUCUGUUUCUCUUAAAUGGUCUUCGGGGAAUCUCACUAGUUUCUCCUACGACUCUGAUUUCUCCAUUCGUGAAGAUCUUGAUGUUCUUGAAUUGGAGGAAAGAGAGAAGGUAGUGAGGAAGAUGUGGCAUGUCUAUACACAUAGCACAAGCAUUCGUUUGCCUAGAUUUUGGCUUGAUGCUUUUGAAGCUGCUUAUGAGAAUUUAUCAAGUGAUGUUAAUGGAGUUCGCGAUAAAGCCAUAUCUGAAAUUGCUAAAUUAUCUAUGCAGUCCCUAAAUCUUGUUCCCCCCUCGGUUCAAUCAAAGAUUAGCAGCAGUCAAGGGAGAAAAAAGACUAAUAAAGAAGCUUAUAAAAAGAAAGAGAAGGAUAUUUCCAAUGGGAAUUUGCAGUCCUAAAUUUUGGCCUUGCAAUUACCAGGAAAAAAAAAAAGUGUAAUAGUGGAAGCUUUGAGGCUUUUAAAUGAAGUUUAACUGUAAAAAAAAUAAAAAUGGAAGCUUUUGUUGUAAGUUGCAAUGUAUUUUUUUUAUGUAUGUUUUAUAAUUUUAUGAAGAUUAAUUAUUUUGAGAUUCGUAAUUGACUUUUUGAUUAAUGUUAUAUUUAGGAUUCGGAUUUGAAUCACUUAUUUUAAGAA